AUGAACCUCCCGAAGUUGCUGAUCUUUGGAUUUCUGCUGUGCUCUCUAACUUGCUUCUUGAAACCUCUGGUUUCCUCUUCGUCAUCUUUAACUGCUUAUAGACUACAAAAGGAGGAAAGAUCAAAACCCCUCUCAAGGGAAAACUACAGGUCCUGGAUGAGCAACUUCAAGGGUUACUUGCGGGAUCUCAUCAAAAGCUCCCUACCUCCGGCGGCCAUUUUUGCCUUUCUUGUGAGCACCGUGCUAAUGGGAACCCUUUGCUGCCUCACCAUUCUUGUGGGUGAACCAAACCAAUAAAGUCCUAGAAGAUUCAAUUGGGCAAGCAUGGAGUUUAGUUGGCUGGAUUUCAAGAAAGUGCAGUGUGCUCUUUGCUUAUAAUGAGAA